UCGAACGCAUCACCUCCUUUGUUAAGAAACUCAACAAAUUUGCCAUGUCUCGAUUUGUAAACCAGUCGUCUGUUGACGAAAAUAUUGCAAGAUGUUUACAAUAUGGGUUAUCAGAACAGACGCUUAGUGAUGAUGUUAUUGCUCGGGUAGUUGAACAACAAUAUCAAAAUGAAUUGAUGUGUAACGAUGCAGCUAUUGCUUUGGAGAUUCUGCAAGAAGAAGAAGCUUGUGUGCAGUCUUGUGUACAUGAUGAUGAAGGAUUGGCAAGAACGUUGCAAGAAUUGGAAGGUAAUCUGCAGAGCUCUCUAAGUGAUGAUGAGAAACUUGCUAGAUAUUUGCAAGAACAAGAUGAAUCGGCAGAUAAUACGGACGUAUGUAUCCAAGAAACCCAUCAAUACCAACCCAUGCGAGUGAAUCGUUCAUACAUACCUCAACGUGAUGCUCCCUCGACUAGUAUAGCACUUUCUCACUAUGAAAAUGAUGAGAACUUCUUGGAUCAUCAUACGCAUACUCUUAGUCCUUCAAAUAUCUCCCACAAUACUCCCGCUAAUGAGGACACUGAUACCGCAAAUAUGACGUAUGAGGUGUUCGAUAUGCCUGGUGGACUAUGA